AUGGAGAGCACAAGAGUGUUUGUCUCGGGCCUCCCGCCGACUUUAUCCAAUGAGCAACUCAAGAAACACUUUGCAACUCGCUUCCAGGUUACGGAUGCUCAUGUCCUGCCGAAACGCAAAAUCGGCUUCGUGGGCUUCAAAAGCCCCGAAGUCGCCCAACAGGCUGUUUCCUAUUUCAAUAAGACAUUUAUGAAGAUGUCUAAGAUCUCAGUAGACAUUGCUAAACCAAUUGAUUCAGAGCCUACCAAUGAUUCCAGAAAAGCCGACAAGAACAGUAGAACACCUCUUCCUAGUGAUGCCUCCGGAAGUACUCUCAAGCGUAAACGCGAUGGGGGAAAUGCCCCUCAGGAUCCCAAGACGCAAGAGUAUCUCUCCUUGAUACAACAGCCAUCCAAAACUAGAACAUGGGCGAAUGAUGAUCAAAUACCUGCCCCGCUUGAAACAGACUCACAUUCAAAAGAGCAGCCUGCGGAAGUUGAUGGUGACACUCAGGAGGAAUUGACCUACGCCCAGAGGAAGAAGGCGAAAAUGGGUCGGGAUCCGAGGGAGAACUCGCAUACUUCAGAGAAUGCUGGCUAUUCACCGACAGCUGAUGAGGACGUUCAGCCUGUACCCGAAAAGGAUCAAGAGGAGCAAGAGUCCCAGCAAGAGGACCAACCCCCGGCGCCUGUGUCUGACUCUGAUUGGCUUCGGUCAAAGACAAGUCGUCUCCUGGGCCUCCUCGACGAAGAUGAGCAGGCUGCUUUUGAGCAACCCGCUGCACCCGUGAACGAUACGCCGGCUGGUGGCUCGGAUGUUGACAUGCCCAAUGCUCCAAGUCCCGAGAGGCCAGCCGUGAAUGACUCGGAAAAAGCGCCUACAGCUGCAGAGGUCGACAUAAACAUCGAAAACAUCCGCAUUUCAGCACGACUCUUCAUCAGGAACUUGUCCUACGAGACAAGAGAGUCUGAUCUCGAGCCGUUGUUUUCGCCAUUUGGAAAGACAGAAGAGCCUCCAUUGAAACAAUUGCUGAUGUUUCAUUUCCUCCAGAUUCAUGUUGCUUUCGAUACUCGAUCCACCAUCAGCAAGGGAUUUGCCUAUGUUCAGUAUGCUGAUCCGGACUCAGCUGUUGAAGCGUACAAAAACCUCGACGGAAAACACUUCCAGGGUCGAUUAUUACAUAUACUGCCGGCGUCACAGAAGAAGACAUACAAGCUGGACGAGCAUGAGCUCUCCAAGCUGCCGUUGAAGAAACAGAAGCAGAUUAAGCGAAAACAAGAUGCAUCCUCUUCAACUUUUAGCUGGAAUUCGCUAUAUAUGAAUGCGGAUGCUGUCAUGUCUUCGGUGGCGGAGCGGAUAGGUGUUUCCAAAGCUGACCUGUUGGAUCCUACCUCUGCGGAUGCUGCGGUCAAGCAGGCCCAUGCUGAGACUCACGUAAUCCAGGAGACGAAAGCUUACUUCAAAGCAAAUGGCGUAAAUCUGGACGCCUUUAAAGAGCGAGAGCGUGGAAAUACGGCAAUUCUCGUAAAGAACUUUUCGUAUGGCACAAAGAGUGAAGACUUGCGCAAACUGUUUGAACCCUUCGGGAAACUCACCAGGCUAUUGAUGCCCCCGAGUGGUACCAUAGCCGUUGUGGAAUUUGCGCGACCUGAUGAAGCGCAGAAGGCCUUCAAAGGUCUCGCAUAUCGCAAACUUGGAGACUCGAUUAUUUUCCUAGAAAAAGCACCAAAGAAUCUCUUUGAUGCAAAUGUUUCACCGCAAGCGCCGCUGCCUGAAGCUAAAACCGUUUCUCAAGGUUUUUCAACUGCGGAUACUUUUGCAGCAGACGAAGGUGAUGAAGAAAACUUGGCCACUGCGACGCUAUUCGUCAAGAACCUCAACUUUUCUACAACUAAUCAGUCCUUAGUAGAAGCCUUUCGGCCACUGGAUGGCUUCGUUUCUGCUAGGAUAAAGCUCAAACCUGAUCCUAAGAACCCCGGCCAAACACUGAGCAUGGGUUUCGGUUUUGCCGAUUUCAAAACCAAUGCCCAGGCCCAGGCUGCUCUUGCUGUGAUGAAUGGCUAUACCCUUGACCGACAUGCAUUGGUAGUUAGAGCAUCCCACAAAGGUAUGGAUGCAGCAGAGGAAAGAAGACGCGAGGACACAGCAAAGAAAAUUGCUGCACGACGAACCAAGAUCAUCAUCAAGAACUUGCCGUUCCAGGCCACGAAAAAGGAUAUCAGAUCGCUUUUUGGCGCGUAUGGCCAGCUCCGUUCUGUGCGGGUCCCGCAGAAAUUCGACCGGUCUGCUCGUGGUUUCGGUUUUGCUGACUUCGUAAGCGCUCGCGAAGCGGAAAAUGCCAUGGACGCGCUGAAGAACACGCAUCUUCUUGGCAGAAGAUUAGUAUUGGAAUUCGCGAACGAGGAGGCGGUCGAUCCGGAGCAGGAGAUCGAGAGGAUCGAAAAGAAGGUAGGGGAGCAGCUGGACAGGGUCAAGCUCCAAAAGCUCACGGGAGCCGGGCGCAAGAAAUUCACUGUAGGGGCCCAGGACGAGGAAAGCUAA